GUUAUGGGUAAGAAACACAUCUUUCAUGUGUUACCCUCAAGUAUACCUUUACAUGAGGACAUUAUAUUAGGCAAUCCGUUUCUCUACGGAGAGAAAGUGAAUAUUCAGUUCGGCGAUGAGGUCCUAAUCACCGAAAGCCAACCAAUAACACCAGUGCCUUUUGUACAUAAGCAUUUCCCCGAAAAUCAGGAGGACGUGGACAUAAAAUAUGGCCAAAUAAAUGUUGAAGGACAAUCUUCGGAAGGUAAAGAGACAGCCGUAGAAGAGUACGAAUUUCCGUAUGAGUCCGAAGCCAUCGAUCCUAAAGUUCAGGACUUGCCGACCAGACCGUACAAUCCAAACGGAUUCAAAUUGAAAGCUAAUACAGUUUUCAAGCUACCAGCUAGAGCCAAGGUUCCCGUGAGAAUACCCGCUACGGAAGAUUCAGUACAAGGGCAGGCUUACUUAAGGCUGAUCAAGACCGUCCCGGGAGUAUACAUUGGGGAAGCUGCAGUAAUGAAUGAAAAGGGUUACUGUUAUGCAAUGGCCAUAAAUACCAGAGAAGACCCAGUAGAAAUCGAAAUCUCGCCGCAACAUCUUGAAGAAUUCGAUUUAAGUGAAGAUGAUGACUUCCUGGACUUUCCACUGGAAGGCGAAGCUCCGAAAAAUUCGGAAGAAAGAAUAAAUUUUAUUAUGGAAAAGGUUAGAAAAACAUAUCAUAAGAGACACGAAUUGAGACAGAUACAACGAAUAGUGAAGAAAUAUUCACAUUUGUUUUAUCUACCUGGAGAUCCAGCACCUAGGACAUCUUGUGUGAGACAUAAGAUCCGGACGACGGAUGAGGAGCCAGUCCGAGUAAAAUAUAAAAGAGGACCAACAGGACAAGAAGAGGAGUUGUUCAGUCAGUUACAGAAACUCCUGGACGCUCGAGUCAUCAGACGUUCAAACAGUCCAUUUUGCAGUCCGUGUAGAAUUGUUCCAAAGAAACCAGGACCGGACGGUAAAAGGAAAUACAGUGUGCCAUUAAAAAUGUGGAGGACACUGUUUCUGACGCUGUUCUGGUUGACGGACUACCUUGGACUAGAUGCAGAGAGUCCACCUUUCUACAAACUUACAGAGCUAAAGCAAAACCCGGGUAUAUAUUACGAAUACAUGGGCGAGGUGAAAAUCGAGCGAGUAAAAUGGAAAAUAGCAGUCACCCUGGAUUUUGGCAAGUGGAACGAUCCAAUCAUUUGGAGAGAAAAACAAAUGUUUAAAGUGGUUACAACCUGCAAUGAACAGCUAAGUAAACAAGAAUGUAAAGAAUUCCUUUCAAUUGAUAAGUUCGAAUUAUCAAUAAAAACCUUAAAAUCAUUACAAGAAGACCUUCAUAUAUUCUUUGCAUCUGAAGCAGCUAUAUCAGACAACAGAUUUACGCCAUACACUCACGCUUUAUCUAAGCGAGGAGCUCCGUUAGAGUUUAUUGGCUGGACAAGCAGACAGCUAUUUGGAACUAUGGAUGCAGGGGACAGAGACCAACUAAAUCAGGAUGUGGACAGAUUAUACGAGAAGACAUCCAACAUUUCUACUUUAUUGGCUAGUCAGACUCAUAUAGUGAAGUCUAACCUAGAAUCGCUACAUCAAAAACUCGACGACACUCAGAAAACUCUACAUGAACAGCACUUGCAAUUUUUAAGGUUAGCAAAUAGGACGAACCAGUUCGAAAACUUUGCUAACCGAUCAACAAUAGUCCAAACUUUAUUGAAAUGGGUGUACCACUUUGACCAAUCUUUAGAGCACAGCAUCAAUUCGUACAAAACUCUCGUUAACACCAUAGAGACUGCCACACGAGGUCACCUACAUCCACUGCUUUUUACACACGAACAACUACAAUCUUUACUCAAAACAAUAAACGAACAUACCUUACCGUGGGAACAUAGUACAGUAACAGUAGAAACGUUACAUGCAAUGUCAAAAGUUAGCGUAAGCACCGUGGGAGGAAAAUUGGUACUAACCUUGACGUUUCCGCUCUCGGAUAAGACUAGAUAUUCAAAAUAUAAAAUACAUCCACUACCAAUUCCCCAAGAGAUCAUGGCUAACUUGACGUCCUACGUGACGUUAGUUCCACAAUACUCACACAUAAUAGUGUCACACGACAUGCAGAAUUACGUACUGGCUACAAAAGAGUAUAUAAAUACUUGUAAAAGAUACCAAAAGGUAUCCAUGUGCCCACCAACCUUGCCGUUCAAUAUUGACAAUGAAAAUAGCCCAUGCGAGUUCGCACUACUUGCCCGACCAACGCCAGCCACGCUGAGAACAUGUAAGUUGGCUAUAUCAGCUAAGACCACUCCAUACUGGAGCAAGCUCAGCAGUACUGACGAAUGGUUGUAUUCGGUCAUUAAACCGAUCCAAAUACGUAUUAUGUGCAAUAAUGAACGCAAAGCUGAAUCAACGUUAAGCGGGACAGGUAUACUUACGCUACGUGGACAGUGUAACGGUCACACUAGCCAAAACAUACUGUAUGGCGUAAACAUAUUGCAGACAAAUGAGACUUAUCUGUAUAAACCGGGACUGGAACUUAACUUAACAUUCUCAAAAGAUAACAUCAUGAAGGGCUAUGACACUAUGAACGAAGUCUCAGACAUUACAAAUGAGGAAAAACAACAGAUUCAUAGAUGGGCAGAAAGUGAAGAUGCUAUCACACUUCAGCAACUCGAGGACAAGUUUACCGAGAUUGCUGCCCAAAAGAAGCAGAAAUACCUGUAUACGUCAUAUAUUUCUUCAGCAGCGAUAAGCCCGCUAAUUAUAAUAGUUAUAAUAAUUGUUCUAUACAAGUAUUGCUGCCCCGUAAGAAGAUGCAGUAUGUGCGUCCGAAAAAGUAAAAACUGUCACAAGAACAAGGUAAAAACAGAGGAACACACUAAGGACGAAGGGCUCGAAUUAACAACGGUUAGACCACUUUUAGCCUACGAUCCCAGGAACAGUACAUACAAUAUAGAAGAAAUAACAACUACGUUCAACACACCUCAGACUUCGGUAGUAGAACCAGUCGUGCACUUACCACUUACGAAGAUCCCAAGUUGCACACAACUUGCUGUAUACCAAUCGCAAGAAGUGGCAGAAAGAAACCAUCAACUAGCGGAAAGAGGGAGAAUUUCCAGCGUAGACUCCUUAAAUUACAGCGUGAGACCGUUGCCGAUUCAAGGCAGUUCAUUGUAUUGACGGAUAAAAAUAAGUUUUCUUUUUCUCAUAAAAAUUUUAUGUUAGUUUAAAAAUCAAAAACUUUUGUAAUAUAAAAAUGUACGUAUACCCGGAACGAAUAAAAAUCUGAAUGAUAGACGGACAAACGUGACAACACGGACGGUCCAAGCGACUUACUUAGCGGACAACUGCGACACCUCGGACAUCAGGACGUGUGUCCGAUCGAACCACAAUCACGCAAGAAGUAGCUAAAUAAAAAUUUGGAAAGUAAAUAAAUUGUAACACAUAUAAAGGGUUAAUUAUUGUAAAAAUGUUUAAGGCAACUAUUUAUUUAAUCAUAUAAUAAAUGUGAAAAAUGAAUCGAAAUAAAUUUUAAAAUCAAUUGUAACGACAAAACCAACAAACUGGACGGAGAGACGGAUGAAUUUUGAGACGAAAGAGACGUCCUUAAUGAUUGGCGGUCCAAGGGCUGACGAUGAAUUAAUAAGCGACCGACGUAUAAGAUGAGCCGGUCUUGGAAAACUUCGAUCUCCACUGUAAAACCUUCCGUUGACGUAAAAAUGAAUUCUUCAUGUAAAAAUAAGCGGUCUAAAUGCCAGUCAUAGAAAGGGAGCUCGAAGCAACCCUGUAGCCGCUCAGUAACAUUCCUCCUGUCUUGCCGCAUAACUCGUAAAACACUACAGUACGACCACUACGAAUACAACGAUAAAAACAACAAAUAAUCAAUUGACGCCAUAAAAGAGAACAGAAAACCAAACAAAACUCACGUUUAUACGUUCCCACCUUCCACCUGGACAGAAACGUUUGUAACGGCGACCCAUGACAAUAACACUAUUAAUAUUAUAAAUUCCAAACAACUGACUGACGGUACGAACAGAGCAAAUAAUGAAAUGCGACUGUGAGAGGAGUAAAAGAACCGAAAAAUACGAAGAAUAAAAUUUUUACUUUGUAGACAAAAAUUGCGAUGUCAAUUCAGCAAUAGGAAACCGUCAGGAGCGUACGAACUGAAACGAUAAUGCAGAGCAAAUAACUAUUUCAAAAAAAAAAAAAAAAAAAAAAAAAAAAAAAAAAAAAAAAAAAAAAAAAAAAAAAAAAAAAAAUAUUCUAGCACGAAUUAUCAAUAAUAAUAGUCCAUAGGAAAUUUUACUAAAAAUUUUGCGACGAUUUGUUUAUUAUUAACGAAGUUACUAUAAUUUCAACAAAUUGGAAAUUUUGAGUUUGGAUAUAGUUAGAGUAGGCUUAAUUAACAAAUUAAGAACAAAAAUAACAAUUUUUACAUUGUAAGUUUGUUUACAAUAAGCUUAUAAACAAUGAUUUGCAACUUUCGUUUUUGAACACAUUUUGAACCCCUAUAGCGCGGUAAAGUACUAAAAAUCAAAAAUUUUUUAAUAGUUUACGAGUUGUAAACAAUUGUUGUUAAAUUGUUAAUUAUGCAUAAUAUUGACCAAUACAAUAAUUAUCGAUAUUGAUAGAGACAAUAGGUAAUAAUAAAAUAUACUAGAUUUAAUAUUCAUCAAGUUAAAUUUACAACUGUACGCACCUGCACGUGACUAGUAUAAGCACACAUAUAUAUACAUACACAGGAAAAUAAAUACAUAUAAAACAAGGGUCGAUAAACCAGGACGUGCUGCCAUCUCAAGAUUUGAAAAAUAAAAAGAAAAGUUCAGCACUAUGAUACUGGCAAACCAUCGCGAGGUCACAUCGAUAGUGCAUCGAACUUCAAAAUGCAGCGCUCAGCAAAAAUGAUAGACUCAGCAGAAAUGCACUCGCGGUUCAUCGCGUAUGCCACGAGGAACAGUGUGAAAUUGUACACAGCCACGACAAGUGUUAGAAAAAUGGAAGCAGUCCAAGUCGCAGAAAAAGUGUUACUUGGAGCCCUUGAACAGCUAAAAAGGGCUCAAUUAUUUGUGGAAAGAGCAGAAGAACGAUAUUGGAAGGAGUGGGCGCAUUCUAAAUUAAACCAUAAAAGUGUGUUAAGUGAAAGUGAAAUAGUAAAAGGACGAGUGUUGCAAGACGGAUUAGCGAGACCGCCGAGUCCGCGCGCACAUGCACCAUCGGAUGCGCGCGCGGAGGGGGACGAGUCGCGGGAGAGCGACAGUCCGCCGAAUCCGCCGAGCCAUCCGAGUCCGCGCGCACACACAACGGCGGAGGGGGACGAGUCGCGAGAGACGGCGAGUCCGUUAAGCCCGCCGAGUCCGCGCGUACAAGUGCGACCAUUAGACGUCACGGAGUGGGACAAUAACGCAAGUCCGCGCGCACGCACACUUACUGCUGUGAGCGCGGAAGGAAACGAGUCGCGAGAAACCGUGAAUCAGCUGUGUCCCCCAAGCUUGACCAUUAAUUCAGAACAGCCAGCAAAGAAGAGAAACAAACAUAGUGUGCUACAAUAUCAGACCCAGGAAGAAGAGCCUAAAUUAAAGAAGGCAAAAAUUGAAAACCGCUACAUAUUAGUCCCCAAUCAGCAACGGUUAUUCAUAUCAACCGACGUUUUAAUUUACUGGAUAACCUGGUUCUGGAAAAGUCCAGCGAAUAGGGGAAUUGAGGAAGGACAACCGAAAACAAAAAUUAAUAAAACAAAAUCGCAAAAGAAAGAUAAGAAAGGAAAAGCUAAGAAAACGCAUAAUAAUACUGAAACAGAAGAAGAAAAAGAAAGAAAAAGAGAGAAAGAUAGAAUAAGGAAGCGAGAGCAGAGAAGAAAACUAAAGGAAGAAGCCCAAAACUCCAGACCAAGAGUCCCUCUACAAAGACUAAAAAUUACUACUAAACAUCCAUCAUCUCCGCAGCCACCACUAUUCACAAGCUGUACGGGUUGCAGAGAGGACUGCUGGUACCAGGGAAUUGAACAUCACACCACAAACUGGAUACUCUGCGUUGUUUGUCGUACUAACUGGGCGAACGGUGAGUGCGUUCAUAGAAUUCCGUAUGAGUGUAGGAUUUGUAAGUUAAAAAGAAGAUCUUAAUAAUUCAUAUAUAGAAAACUUUUGUCAUAAAGCCAUAUCUUAGAUCUAUUACACUACAUGUAGACUUUAUUUUCGUAAGUUAUAUUCAUUCUCUACUAGCGAAACAUAGUUUUAAAAUUAUUGUAUAAAAUAAAUUGUACUCACCAAAUUGUCCGGAAUGAUAAACAUGGGACACUUUUUUUUUUUAUUUUUUUGCGCCGGCUCCAUUGCCGUGGGCGGCAAUAUUCUGGGGGGGGGAGGUGUAAUGUCCCACGUUUAUAUACCUAUAGUACGAAUGCGUAUAACGCCUAAUAGACGGCAUCCACAUACACACAAACCAACGAGAGCUGUACCGAUUGCGACAAUACACUACCGAGCGCAGAAAAUCGGAGCGAGUGCUCUGACCUUCGCGUCAGCACUCCUCGCGCGCGAAACACGAUUGCAAGACAUACGCGACGAUCCUGUGUGGCCGGUGCUGAUUGGGCGACCGCGAUCUUCUUCAUCUAAAUUACAAAACUGCUUGCAUCGACACCGAGGCUUUAAAAACCCUGGAGCCGAUCCACGCAGCACCUUUUUUGCGUAGUUACUUGCUCACUAUCGGUUGUAGUUGAUUCUAAGGAGAAGCGGCGGUGUUUGAUUGUGUUAGUGCUUGGAGCGUGCUAAAUCCGUCCAACACCUUGGGAGCGUGCUAAAUCCGUCCCUCGGCAUAACAAUCACCGGAAAGCCCUUUGAAUCCAGACUCACACCGUAGAGAGAAGUACAAGCUAAGGUCCGUCGAGUGGAAUCUCCGGCGUUAGCAGUGCAGUUGAUCAACAUAUUUUAUUGCCACGAGUAAUCGUGUAGAGUAACUCAAUCAGUAUUGGCCACGUACGGAUCGUAGAAAAAUCCUGCGUACCUACUAAGAUUAUAAUUGUAAGUCUUUACACUACAUAUUUUAAAUACGAUACUAUCAACGAAACUAUUAGAUAAAUGUCGAACAUCAAACGUCUGUGAAGUGCUCUGGGUCAAUUAAAAAUAAAUCAAUAACAAAUAAUACAAAA